CUCGUGUCAUUUCUGUUGCGUUGUGCCACAAGUUGGCUUAAUUAAGGCGACAAGCUUUUGGUCUAGUGAUUCUCGAGACUGCCUGAAACCAGGGAACGAAGCAUCGCUUGGUGGUGAAGACGGAGCACUAGCGGUUAGCUUAAGGUUAAUACCUUAUUUCUCGACGAUGGCUGUUCUGGCCUCACGAGCUAGCUAGCUCACUUAUUUAUCACAUAUAUAUUAGGUAGCCUGUCUAAAUCAUGUACUAAAUUUUCAACCAAUAAAACGAACAAAAAUACAGCUACGAUUCAAGCACCCGAUAUCAUUCAGCAUGCCGGAUUACGCCACCCAAUACCGCUGCAUUGGAAAGGGCUUUUGCGGUAGUGUCUGGUCUCUCGAAGGCCACCAAGACGAAAACUCCGCCAUUAAACGCGAAGACGGCGCGCCUGGGCGAUCAGUCACCAAUGACUACGAAAUGCACAUGCGGGUUCUUCAGAGCGCACAUCGACACCCUCCCUCGACGCCUCUGUCGAUACCUCAAUGUCACGAGCUGAUCCAACCAACUGAUGCCUGGUGGCAACCGCGCCUCCAACAAUUUCCGGCUGGCUACACUGCAUGCCGAGCGCUCAUUUCGGAGCGCAUCCCGAAAGUACCAAGACGGAUUAGCGACAAAAUCGCGGACCUCUUCUGCGUUGGCAACACUACGCUCGCUGAAUUUGUGAAGAAUAACGCCGACGACAAUGCCUGCCUAAUUCGACCAUAUCUUGGACGACGACGUCGCCACAAGCAACAGUCACCAAGCACAUCACGUUUUCAACGCUUCAGCCUUCGCAAUGUUCCUCUCCAUCUCGACCAGAUGGAGGCACUCGGUUUGGAUACCACGUCCUACGCCGAGACUAUGGCAGACGCUCUCGCGAUGAUGCACUGGGGUGCCCGCAUUGACGCAAACGACGUCGAGUUUGUGCUAGCACCUCCGCGGAAGGUCGACUCUCCAUCCGCCUUUCAGUCGGAAUACUUGGGCACCCACUGCAUGUGGAUCCUAGACUUUGACUGUUGCCGACCACUUACUAUGGAUGAAGCAGGUAUUGAGCGAGCCUGCGAGGCGUUUUUCAAAAACGACCCUUUCUUUCCGAAACCUGGAACUGGGGGAGCCGCUGAUGAGGAUCUCUGGCAGGUAUUCAAGAAGAGGUUUCUGAUGGCUAGUCUGAGAAUCAUGGCCGAGGCAACUGAGGAUGAGCGCAAUCUCGCGGCGAAGUUGAUGGAGAGAAUUGAAGAGGAGGGCCACUUGAGAAAGAGCAGGACUGCGGAUCAACCAGAUUCAGCCAACUGAAGUUGGAAGAUCACGCCUAUCUAGGAUCGGUCUCCCGCCCUCGCCGUGUCAAGAUAUCCUCAAACGCUGCCUCUCAUGGAUUCCCAUAGAAUGGCGGCAGCGACUUGGCCAUGGUGCUUCGCGUAAUGUUGAGCUUACUCAAAUCGACGCCGUGCAACACCCUGACGUUCACAUUGUGAUUCGCCUUGGCCGCGGGCACCCACUGCUUGUCAAAGUCACUGGCAUUAGCCAGCCAUUCCUCCGUGGGAGGCCUGUACCUGUUGGUCAUGUGCACGCCACAGUGGCGGCAGAAGGUCUUGUCGAUGAUUCCCCGGCCAAAGUUAUACGAGGAGAUGUCUUCAGGAUUCUCCGCAUGGAGGACCACUUGCUCGGUUUUGGGGUACAUCCAGAUGUACGCGCC